AUGGAUCAAGAAGGUCCUUCAACCGCCCAAGAAUCGCUACCACCGCUGCCAUCGCUUCUCGUCCUCGGCCUCAGUCGGACUGCGGGUACCUCCCUCGACGAGGCUCUCAGAAUCCUCGGCUAUGCAAACAUCUACAACAUGAACCGGCUCGCUACCGACCGCGCCGCCGACUGCCCCGCUUGGCUGAGGGCGCUGCGCGGGAAGUACGGCGGAGGUGAUGGGAAAAAAGAUGGGGAUGGAAGAGAGCGGUUCGGGAAGGAGGACUGGGAGAGGCUUUUGAGGGGAUUUUCUGUAAUCCGCGGUCUCCCCGGCGCAGCCUUCGCCCCCGAACUCAUCGCCGCCUUCCCCUCCGCGCGGAUCAUCCUCACCACCCGCGACGUCGACUCUUGGUAUUCAUCCUGUCUCCAGACAAUCCACUGGCGCGCCCACGAUCCCGUCCUGCGCCUCCUCUCCUGGCUCGACGUCGGGCAAGCCAGCCGUCGCUACCAGACGCUGUUCCGCGCCGUGCAGGACGGGCUGUACGGGGGCGACUUUAAGACCAGCGGCCGGGCCGUGUUCGUCGCGCAUAAUGCGCAUGUGAGGAGGCUGGUGAGGCUAAAGCAGGAGGGGGAGGAGAAGCGGUUCCUCGAAUUCCGGCCCGGCGACGGAUGGCUGCCGCUGUGUGCGUUUCUGGGCAGGGAGGUUCCGGAGGGGCCGUUUCCGCAGGGGAAUGGGCCCGAGGCGUUUCGGAGGGAGGCGAGGUGGAGGGAUGGGUGGGUGGCGUUGAGGAUCGCGGGACGGGCGGUGUUGCUGUUGCUGGCUGUGUUUGGGAUGUGGGUGGUGAUGUAUGUAUGGUAG